AUGGCCAAAAAAGGCGGCGGGCAGGCUAUCGGCCGUGAAUGGGGCUGCAAGAUAUGCAAGACGACAGUCCCGAAAGGCACGUUCGGCAACCAGGCCAAGCUGAUGGCUCACCAGCGCACUGUCAGCCAUUGCCACUGCCCAGGAUGCGACCUCUACUUCAAGACCAGGGAUAAACACGUCGCGCACCUCCGCCAACCGCCCAAGGCGUACCAGGAGUUUCGGGCCACACAAGCUGAGGCCGAGGAAUCGGGCCCGGGCUCAGUGCCGGCGACCUGGCGCGGCCACGGCGACCACGAGUGCGGCAAAUGCCACCACGACUACCCUGACGCAAACAUGCUGCGCUACCACUGCUGCAGCUGCGACAAGGUCUACCGCGCCGAGGUGGGCCUCAACAACCAUCUUGCCACUGACCCCAAGCAUGCAGCGGACACGUCGGCGGCGGAAAAGGCCGCCUUGAUGUCUCAGCACUCUUGCCCCAUCUGCCUCGAGGCGUUUCAGAAGCUCCGGAAGCUCCGCGCCCACAUCCGCCAAAACCACGAAACUGUCCGAUGUCCUCUUGGUUGCGGCGACGCCUUCUCAACACCACAGGACCUGGUCAACCAUUGGCGUCAUGGCCGGUGCAUUCGGGCCAGGUCAUCGCUCGUCGCCGCUCAGGCAGCCGCAGAGCGCAGCCGCAGUGCCAACCACGGUGUGCAGAUGGAGGGCGUCGAUAAAGGUGGCGACGGAGCGCAACAGUGGCUUAUCGGGCUGUUCGAAGAGGCGGUGCGAAAGGAGCGGGCGGUGAACGAUAUCGCCGACAUCAUGCAGAGGCUGCAGUUGUUGCCAGCUGAAGAGCCUGGAGAUGUGCAAGAACUUGAUGCGGCUCUUGACGACAAUGACGACGCGUCACAGCGGGCAAUCAUCGACCUCUCUCGGUACCACAGCCUGGUUGCCCAGGCAAAGGCACUUUCCAUCAGCUCAUGA